AUGCAAAGGGUGUAUGUGGCUCUCAAAGGAACUCCGAUCGUACAUAUAGUAGACAGUCUUCCCACUGUCCAUGUGAAAGAUAUAUCAUCAGCACAUUUGAUCAGUUACCAUCCAGACAAAGAUCUUUUACCAAUGGUGUUUGCUAACUGUAAUUACACAUUUGAAGUUGGGCAGGGAACCAGAAUAGAAUAUAAUUAUACUAACUUGGAGAGGCAGUUGAAGGACAGAUUCCUUUUCUCAAAGUCGAUUGUAACAGGUUUAGAAGAGAUUGAAACCAUCACUUACAGAUCGGAAUCCACAAAUGCUGUAGUUUUCUUGGAACUCUGUGAUAAAGUCAAACAGGAACGAUUAAAUCCGGCCGUACGAAGUCAAAUCUGUGGAGAGUUACACAUGAGAAACUUGCCUGAACUAUGUGAUAGUCUAGAUAAUUUAGAUAUAGCUAUCAGUUUUCUCAAGUCUGUUGGACCGAAUCCGAGCAUGUCACUCAGCGAUUUCAUGGAGAACACUUUAAAGAUAGACAAGCCUUUAAUAAGUACAAAGGCGAAAACUGCUAGCAAAUGUAAACAUGCCAUGUCCCUGUGGAUAUCGUUUGCACAGGAAAGGGCGAAACAGCUAGCUAAGUAUGACAGAAAAGCCUUUGAAGGAGUUCCGGAGUCAUUCAAAAUAGAUUUAACAAUGGAACAAAUUCACGAAAUAGAAGAAAUUUUAACCAGAUCACCAGCAGAACAGAUCAGUGCAUUGCUAGAGCUGAUAUUUGAAUGUAUCGUAUUCAAGAUAGAUGUACCUCAGAAUAUUAAUGAUGAAGAUUACAUUGAUAUUUCACAAAUAAGUUUCCGUGAUCAGUUAAUUGGAUAUAUUGAUACAUCACCGUUUGAAGAAGACUUACAGAUUGAUGAUUCGUUAAUGGUAGUUAUUGGUCAAAUGCCAUCAGACAUGGACGACCAACUUAGGAUUCUUACAGCACAGUCAGUUGAUUUUUGGCAUGUGGUUAAUAGAUGUAGGCAGAGGAAAAUGCGUUAAUUUGUGUAUCAUUUAAGAGUGUUUUGGCACUCCAAAAUAGUGCUUAUAAAAUAAACAGACGUGAAACUAGCUUCCCUACUAUAAUUGUCAAAUUAUAUUAUUUAAAUGUAUAUAUGGGACUUUUUGUGAAAAUUUUAAAAAAAAUGUUUUGUUUUAUUAGUUUUAUAGUUCAUUUCAUUUUAACAUUUUUUGAGAAACA